GAGGAGUGGAGAGCCUACGAGUGGAUCAAGAAACACGGUGGCAUCGCCAGCACCGAGUCCUACGGCACCUACAAGGGGCAGAAUGGCCUGUGCCACUACAACCAGUCUGAGAUGCUGGGCAAGAUCACGGGGUACGUCAACGUCACCUCGGGCAACAUCACAGCAGUCAAAGCUGCCAUCUACAAGCACGGCCCUGUGGCCGUCAGCAUCGAUGCCUCGCACAAGACCUUCUCCUUCUACUCCAACGGCAUCUACUAUGAGCCCAAGUGUGCGAACAAGCCAGGAGAGCUGGACCACGCGGUGCUGGCCGUGGGCUACGGGGUCCUGCAGGGAGAGACCUACUGGCUCAUCAAGAACUCCUGGUCCACGUACUGGGGCAACGACGGCUACAUCCUCAUGGCCAUGAAGGACAACAACUGUGGCGUGGCCACCGAAGCCACCUACCCCAUCCUGGCCUGAGCCACCCUUUGGUCUGCAGGGAGAGCCCUCGGGGAUGCUCUUGGCACCCACCCCUGGAUCAGCCCCUUGGGUGCCCACCACGCAGCGGGAAGCUGUGGGACAUGGUGGGACAGGGCCAUGGGGUUCUGGACAAGAGGACCCUGCUGUGGACUUGCCAAUAAAGCCCCUGCAGUAACA